AUGCAAACAUUGAUUGACUAUAACGAAGAUGAUUGUCCGUGGUAUUACUUUGAUAGUUCGUACAAAACCCUUUUGGGAGCUUGCCUCAUAGUUUUUGGCGUAUUUGGGGUGCUGCUCAACGCUUGGCUAUAUGCCACGUUCAUCCACAGUCACCUGGUCAUAUUUAAAAGUCAUGUUCUCGUUCUUAAUCUUUGUACGGCUUCGUUGGGAAGGAAUUUACUUGGAUUUCCGUUCGCAGGAUCAUCAGCAAUAGCAAAAAGAUGGCUGUUUGGGCCGGCUUGUUGUCAACUUUUCGCAUUUAUGAAUCAAUUUUUUGGUGUCUUUCAAAUGAUCGCUUUAUUUGCAAUAGUACUGGAAAGGUAUUUGCUAGCAAGAUACUACAGGCGAGAAAGAAAUGUGUACUUUAGGUAUUAUUGGACACUAAUUGGUGUAUGUUGGAUGGUCGCAGUGAUCUUUGCCGCACCUCCCUUGUUUGGUUACGGAAUGUAUUCCUGUGACUCAACUGGUACUGUUUGUGCGUUAUUAUGGCCAUCUCUUAAUUCUGGUGCAAGGCAGUUGGGUUUUAGUGUGCCUUAUGUCAUCGUGUGCGGAAUUUUGCCAAUAUUCGGAAUAUUUUUCUUUAUGGGAAAGUCUAUUCGAUUAGAAAGAAUAUAUUACAGGAGUGAGCAACAAAGGGAAGAAAGACGGUUUACAAAGUGUAUCCACGUUGUGUGUAUAAUUACAUUGGCGCUAUGGAUACCAGCUGCAGUUUUAGCGGGAUGGCAGUGGUUGCCACUGUUGUUUUACGGUUACCGGCCACACGUACCACAAGUGCUUGCACUAUUUGCACCAAUAGCAGCAGAGGCAGCAACUAGUGUUCCCGUAUUAUGUUAUUUAGCAAGCGAUGAGAGACUCCGAGCGGCACUACUUGGUCGUAUGAGGAAACACUAUGCUUUGUUACAUCCAGAACGGGCUAAGCGAUAUAGGCGAAGUAUAUACUAAAAUGACUGAAUGGAAAACUUAAAAACUGAACAUGAAAAUAUUGUGAAAGCUAUGUUAACUAUCGACCUGUUAAAGGCGAUGGUAAAGAAAUUCAUAAUGGCCAGAAAGUUGGAAUUUCUGUUGGUAGAUAAGAAAUCGUAUUCAUACGGUUGUCAAAGGAAGCUGAAAUUGAUUCGCAGACUUCAGAAUUGCGACGAUAAAUGUUUUGUAAUUACGUUAACGUUAACGGGGAAUAAACGACUGCAAUUUGAUAAAUAUACUUAUUAUUUAAACUAAAUCUUGUUAUUGAAUAAGAAGAGAUAUUUUAUUCGUUA